AUGGCUUCCGGAGUAACUGUCUCAGAUGUGUGCAAAACAACGUACGAGGAAAUCAAGAAGGACAAAAAGCACCGCUACGUAAUUUUCUACAUUCGCGACGAGAAGCAAAUUGAUGUUGAGGCAGUCGGCGAACGAAAUGCAGAAUAUGACUCGUUCCUUGAGGAGCUUCAGGUGGGCGGACCAGGCGAGUGCCGAUAUGGAUUAUUUGAUUUCGAAUAUAUGCAUCAAUGUCAAGGCACAUCGGAAAGUUCCAAAAAGCAAAAGUUGUUCUUAAUGUCAUGGUGCCCAGAUACUGCUAAGGUCAAGAAGAAGAUGUUGUACUCAUCAUCAUUCGAUGCACUUAAAAAGUCCCUCGUAGGAGUGCAAAAGUAUAUUCAAGCAACUGAUCUCUCAGAGGCAUCGCGCGAAGCUGUCGAGGAGAAAUUGCGUGCAACUGAUCGUCAAUAGAU